AUGAACCAAUUGAUUGACGUCAAGGCGGUUGCUCCGCCCAAACAAAGCGUUCCCCGCAAGGGCUCGGGCCAGGUCGCAAGCACUGAAGAGUACCAGGCGCUCUAUCGCCAGAGUAUCGAGAACCCGACGUUGUUCUUUGGCGAACAGGCUCGGAAGCUGCUUCACUGGUAUCGCGACUUUGACACCGUGGUCAGUGGUGACUUUUAUGGGUUCUCAAACCCGCCAAGCUGGUUCAAUGGCGGGCUAAUUAAUGCCUGCUACAAUGCCGUUGAUCGCCAUGCCAACGAAACGCCGAAUCAGAUUGCCUUGAUCUACGAGGCCGAUGACGAGCGGCUCAAUUACAACGUCACAUACGAGGAGCUGCUUGCAAGAGUAUGCCAAACCGCGCAAAUGCUCAAGAGCAUUGGCGUGAAGAAGGGCGACAUCGUUACCGUUUAUAUGCCUACGAUUCCAGAGACCGUUUAUACUAUACUUGCAAUCUGUCGUAUUGGUGCCAUGUUCUCGUUAGUAUUUGCCGGGUUCUCCCCCAAUUCCCUGCGUGACCGUAUCCAGCAUGCCAACUCGCGGGUUGUGAUCACCACUGAUCAAGCUCUCCGCGGUGGUAAAGUCGUCGAGACAAAGAGCCUUGUCGACCAAGCUUUGGAGGGCACAGACUGCGUCGAACAUGUGGUUGUCGUCGAGCGCACGGGUGCAAAGGUUAAUAUGGUUGAGGGACGUGACUUUUCCUACAAUAAGACUGUGCCCACUUUCGGUGUCUAUUGUCCUGUUGAAUGGGUUGAUUCAGAGCACCCUUUCUUCCUCAUGUACACUUCCGGGUCUACUGGUAAACCCAAAGGACUCCAGCAGUCUACCGCAGGCUUUUUGUUGGGAACCGUGCUUUCUUCGAAACACGUGUUUGGAGUCUCGCAAGGCGACGUCUACUUUUGCGCUGCAGAUGUUGGUUGGGUCCUUGGCCUAUCGCAUGCUAUUUUUGGCCCGUUGCUCAAUCAUGCUACCACUAUUAUUUUCGAGUCUACCCCGUUACAUCCCACACCUACGCGGUUGUUCGAUGUGAUCGACCGUCACAAGGCCACCCAUCUGUAUACUGCUCCAACUGUUCUACGACUCCUUCGACAGCAUGACGAGGGUCAAAUCAAAAAGUACGAUCUCUCUUCUUUGCGUUGCUUGGGUACUGCGGGUGAACCUAUUGCCAAGGAUGUGUGGGAGUGGUACUUCAACGAGGUUGGCCGUCGCCGGUGCUCUAUCUGUGACACUUACUGGUUGACCGAGAGUUGCAUGGUCAUGCUCACUACAAUUCCCGGCGUGUCAAAUAUGAAACCUGGUGCAGCGGGUAUGCCUUUCUUCGGGGUCAAACCAAAGCUUCUUGACGACAAGGGCCACGAAAUUACAUCCCGACCCGCCGAAGGUACACUUGUAUUCAAGAACCCUUGGCCGUCAAUGGCUCGAACCGUGCGCGGUGACCACCAGCGAUACCAGGAGACUUAUUUGAAACCGUUCCCUGGCUACUUCUUUACCGGCGACGGAGCGGUCUUUGACAAGGAUAACACCAUUUUCAUUACUGGACGUGUCGACGAUGUGGUUAAUGUUAGCGGCCACCGCAUCUCUACUGCCGAGAUUGAAUCCGCAAUCAUGACUGCUCAGGCCGAGAACCUUAGCAUUGCUUCAGAGACCGCGGUCAUUGGUGUCAACGAUGACGUUACCGGACAGGCUUUGAACGCGUUUAUUGUCCUUGAGCCGCACUUCCAAGAUAAGGGACACGCAAAGGUAGUCGAGCACGCUAUUGAACAUGUUGCUAAGGGCAUUGGCAAGUUUGCGGUGCCCAAGAGACUGUUCCUGGUGAAGGACUUGCCCAAGACCCGCUCAGGAAAGAUUAUGCGUCGUGUUUUGCGUAAAAUUGCCAGUGGCGAAGAGGAUCAACUCAGCGACCUCUCCACGUUGAGUGAGCCGGCUGUUAUCGACCAUAUCAUCCAGGUUGUCAAAGCGUCCUCUUCUCAACCACGGGCCCGUUUGUAA